AAAGAAGUCAACAACUUAGCAUUUACUGUAGAAUUUAAUUAAGCCCCCCACCCCACUCCACUGCACACGGAUGAUCAUAUAUUUCAUAAAAGCUAGCUAGCUAGCAUCAUUAGAUUAAAAAUGUUUGGAACGUUGUCGGAAGUAGCAGAAGUGAUGGUGCCGGCAAGCAAAGCAUGGGCGUUGUACGGCACCCUUGAGAUUGCAAAGCUCGUCAGCGAAAACAUCUUUGAAAACGUUCAAGUUAUCGAAGGCGAUGGUGGUACGGGUACCAUUCUCAAGGUUACCUUAAAGCAGAACGCAUCAGGAUCAAACUCGAAAACUUUUAUGGAAAAGUUUAUUAUGGUGGAUGAUGAGAACAAGGUCAAAGUAGUCGAAAUUGUGGAAGGGGCAUACCUUGAUAUAGGAUUUACUUUAUAUAGGGUCAAGAUAGAGAUCAAAGAGAAUCCAAAAGAGGACAAUAAGAUGACAUGCUCAUCAUGUCUUGUGAAGAUAACAAUCGAAUACAAGAUUAAGGAUGAGUUUGCUGCUAAUGCUUCUCUUGUCGAUACUAAGCGUAUCGUUAACAUUUUGACCCUGGCAAACGAGCAUCUUCUUAAAUCUAAUUAAUUAACCACAAGAGAUAGAUGCGUAUUAUAUAUCUUGUUUCGUGAUGAAUAUGUCUGUGUAGUUGUUUUGGACUUUUGGUAGUAUGGCAAAUAGAUAUCUCUGUUGUAAUCAAUGGUCAUUUGAGUACUAUUAUUGUGUGGUCAUUAAUUGGUUAAGUAAUGUAAAUAAAAAAUGUGUAUUUUGGUUA